GGCCGAGGCGCGGGGCUCUGACGCCUCCUGACGCCACAGCGCGGUCCGGCCCCGUUCCCCCCGGUCUCCCCGGGUCCUCCCGUCCCGUCCUGUCCCGCCCCGUCCCCCCGCAGCCAUGGCGCGGCCCGGGCCCGGCCGCCCGUCGCUGGGGCUGGGGCUGGCGCUGGGCGCCGCGGGGCUGGGGCUGGGGCUCGGCCUCGGCCUCGGCCUGCUCCGGCGGCGCCGCACGGGAGACGGCCGGGAUCCGGAGCGGGAUCCGAAUCGGGAUCGGGAUCAGGACCGGGAUCGGGAUCAGGACCGGGAUCGGGCUCGGCCCGGCGGGCUCGGCCCGGGCUGCGCGGAGGCCGUGGGGCGGCGGAGCCAGGCCCUGUCCAGAAUGCCAGUUCCAGUAGAGGCAGGAGAUGGUGUUGUGUACACACCUCUGCUGACACAGGACGAACAGGUGGAUGUUCUCGACCGCCUGGACUUCAUGUUGAGAAACAUUGCAGAGCUAAGGAAAGAAGUGGAGGAGCUACGAAACAGCCUGCAGCACUUAGCUGGAGAAAUCGUUGGUGAAGUCAGGUGCCAUCUGGAAGAAACGCAGAGAGUGACACGCCGAAGGCGUUUCCCGUUCCAUAGGGAAAGAAGUGAUUCCACGGGGUCCAGUUCAAUUUAUUUCACAGCCAACUCGGGAGCAGCUACCACAGAUGAUGGAGAAAGCGAAGGCGGGUACACCACAGCCAAUGCAGAGUCUGACUAUGACCGGGAGUCAGAGAGGGAGAGUGAAGAAGGGGAGGACGAAGUGAGCUGUGAAACAGUGAGAACAGUGCGUCGGGAUUCCCUGGAUCUUGUCAACGAGGAUGAAACACCUUUAAUCUUAGAUUCCUUGCUGGAGGAAGGACUGGGUCAGCUACUACAGCAGGCUGACCGCUUGCAUAAUGGACAUGAGCAAGAGAAGAGAGAAGGAUUCCAGCUGCUUCUGAAUAAUAAACUGGCGUAUGCGGACCAGAGAGACUUUCUUUGGCGCCUGGCCCGAGCAUAUAGUGAUAUGUACGAAAUCACAGAAGACACAGAUGAGAAGAAAACAUAUGCAUCUGAUGGGAAAGAAGAGCUGGAGAUUGCCUUUCAGAAAUGGGAUGAAAGUGCUGAGUGUCAUCAGUGGUAUGCUAUUCUUUGCGGGCAGUUAGCAGAACAUGAGAGCAUUCAGAAACGCAUUCAAACGGGAUAUGUUUUUAAGGAACACAUCGAUAAAGCGAUUGCACUGAAACCAGAGGAUCCAAAGUCCUACUAUCUUUUGGGCAGGUGGUGUUACCAGGUUUCCCAUCUGGGAUGGCUUGAAAAAAAGACUGCUUCUGCUUUGUUUGAAACCCCUCCUACAGCCACCGUACAGGAUGCACUGCAAAACUUCUUAAGGGUCGAGGAGCUGAGCCCAGGGUUUUCCAAAGCAGUAAGAGUAUACAUUGCCAAGUGUUACAAGGACCUGGGGAACAAUUCUGCAGCUCUUCUCUGGACAAAUCUUGCAUCAGAACUGCCAGCUAAUACAAAAGAGGAUGCAGAAAGUGAAAGAGAACUUGAGGAGAUGCGGUCAAUCUGGGAAGAAUAAGAACAGAAGAGCUUGUUCCGCAUGAUACUGCACAGACAAUUUCCAGUUAAAGGGGUUUCAUGAUCCUGACAAGUUUGAUUGCACUUCAUGGAUAAGCCGCAGGAGUUUACAGGAAUAAACACUCAGCCGUCUCAUCAGCAUUUCCAGGAAAAGAUCUUGGUGGGAUUUAAUGAGAAAAUUUUGUAUGAUUUUCCUACUUACAGCACUACAUAUGCUUGAUUUUAAAAUUCCUAAAAAAAAAAGUCAAAUCCCUAAAAAUAGAUAUGUACAUGUGUGAGUAUAUAGACACACACACGUGUAUAUAUGUGUGUGUGGGUGUGAGAUACCUGAAUUUCAGGUCUGCUUGCUGAUAAACUCUCUCUACCAAUUCUUGGGGAAGUCUUCAGCAGAUACAUUUUUUUUUUUCUCAUUAACUAUUUUCUCAUUUGCUUUGUAAAAUAUUUUAAUUUAAUCAGUUUAAAUAACUGGUUACGUCUUUGUAUCACUGUGCUGCGUGUAUAAAUUUGAGAGCCCUUGUGCUCAGUGGGCAGUGUAGCACUGAUUUUUAUCAACUUGAUGCACUGGAGGCUGUGGGGUGUCCUCACUUCCCGCAGCCUGUUGGUUCAAGUGGACACUGACGCUAUGACUUAAGAAAAGGACCACUACAAAAAAAGGACUUAAAAUAAGUGAGUUGUCAGUCCUUUUGUCCUUGCUUUGAAAAAAACUGACCAUGUCCAAAACACAUUCCUGUUGGUCCUUUCCAACUAUGCCUAAACUACCUAUACUGGAUUUCUGUUGAGGAGAAAUCAGCACCGCUCACUGCAGUGAGUAAAUACCAAGGGACCACGAUGAUGUCCUUCACAAGAAGAACUUACUUCUAACAGGUGCAUUGCUUUCAUCAGAGGAGUGAGUAAUAAGAUUUUAAACUGCUGGACUCUCUCCCACUGACAUCACUCACAUGAGAGUGAAAACUUUGUGUGUCCCUCUAAACUAUGCUGCUGUUGUUUAGAUGUAACAACUUCACAGCUAUUUAAAAGCAUUUAUUUAAUGAUGAAACACUCAUUAUCGGAACAGGAAUAUUCUGUGGCAGAGCUGACACUUUGCUGUCAUGUACCUCUGCCAGUUCUUGGUGACUAUUGCACUGGCACUGAGAAAAUGAAGCUGGCAGCUCAUGUUUUCUCUGACAGCUGCUGAGUACCAGAUGGAGAAGGUGAACUGUGCUGUAUGCUGACAAAAAUGCUGAAGCAAAACCAAUUCCAAAAAUUGCCCAAAGAAUUUAGAAAGGCUUUCUUUGUCCUUUUAAAUUUUAGCUGGCAGCUAACUGGACACUUCUGGUUUUUAAUGUUUGUUACACACUGUCGUGUUGUACAAUGUUUGUGAAGUGCAGAGUAAAAAAAGUGUGAGUAAAUCACUCCUUCAUCACCUUUUUAGUCCCUUGCACAUGUGUAUUAAACAGAUGGUUCUUUUAUUUUGUGAAAAUAAUGUUGAGAGGGAAAUGUACAGUAGGCACGAGCUCACAAACUUCCCAAGUUUAUAGACUUUACACUUCUUACCUAUUUCUAUUUUGGUCCAAAUUAAACUCUCUGAAAUUUUGAGGAUGUGCUCAUCUUAAAAUAUCCAGGCAAGGGUGCAAUUAGCUUUAUUUGCUUGGAGCUGUAUGAACUAGUACUUAUAAAUGGAGAACUGAACUCUAACAAGCCAAAUUUGAGCCCCCUCUUUGCGCAGAGCUCCCCUUGUGAUGGGUGGGUACCUGACCCUUAAUUACAGGACUUUGCUUUGCUUAAUGUAUGUUCUUUUCAUCAAUGUAUGUUCUUCUUUUCAGUUCUUCAGUUCUUCAUGAUGAGGCUGCCUUUUUUAAUUUAUGGGAAUCUGUCUCGUUUUGAGUAUUUCCCAGUGCACUGACCUUAUUUUUUUCCCCUCUAAACACCCAUUCUUAAAUAUUUGCGUGAGCUUGUGAGCUGUUUUCGUUUUGGUUGCUUAAACCAAGCUGGGAAAUACUCAAAAGUGAUGUCUUAAAAAUGAUGAUCUAGCAACUUGCUUCUUUCAUGUAGUUGCUUGUGUUUUUUUUUUGUUUUGUUUUUUGUUUUUUUUGCUGGAGAGAAAAACAACAGCUCUGAAAACAGCCAUGCCAUUAGGUGUGCUCGUAUUGCCUUUCCCUGCCAGCAAGUCCUGGAGUGAUGUUAAUCAGACGUUUAUUAAUUGGCGUGUUGCUUAAACAUUGCUGCCUUCUAGAAGUAAAUGUUUUCAGUGUAUGUAGUAGGAAGAGUGUGAAAAGGAAAUAUUUAUAAUGCCAAAAGUCCAUAGCUUUCCUUAUUUACUUUCAAGCCUUCACCUACUUGUAUUUUGAUGAGUUAAACUGCUAGCAGCAUCUUUUGAAUUAUGUAUUUUCUGGAGAUAGCUUUCACUUUGUUUCCAAAGAUUUAAAUCCUCCCUUUUUUAAAAAGAAUACAUAUAUGUAUAUGUAUAUUUAUUUAUUUUUAAUGUCUGUUUCCAAAAAACAAGCAAUUGUAGGCUUGGGGAAGAAAUGCUGAUUUGUUUUUUCCUUUCAUGCUUCGGAUCCUGCACUGGGUUAGAUUUGAGUAUUUGAUAUGGAUGGAUCUCAUUUAUGUAGGUGAUGGCAUUAGUCCCCUUAGCUUUAAAAAGAGCAUGGAUGAGGAGAGAUAUUAGUUAGUUUUCAGGGUGCCUUACUGGGUGGAAGCACACCUUCAGCCAAGCAGCCUCUGUUGAAGGCCUGCAAGAAAGAGUGCUGUAAAAACAGAGCUUUGGGUUACAGUCAAAACAAAGUUCAGAAACGAAUACCAAAGGCUUGUUUUUCUUGCUGAUAGAAGCUGAAAUAAUUUUCUUCUCGGGGAGAGAAAAUAUUUGGUGUAAUUGUGUAGGGCUCAUUGGGCUGUGACCAGAACCCUUUCUGUCUUUGAGUAAAAAUAACCUGCUUCCUCAGAGGCAAAAGGUGGUAAUUAAAUUAUGUUAAUUCUUCUCAGUUGGUGUUAAUUUUUGGAUGAUUUUACAUGAGUACAACCUUUCAGAUCUCAUUUAUUCUUCUAUUUCGGACCUUCUGUUUAAGCUUUCCAUGCAUUGUUUGCCUGCUUUUGGCUUGAAAAGUUUUGGCUUAAAAACAGGCUCUGGCAUUUUGCUUCCCUCUAUCUUUUGUGUGUGGUCUUGUCCCUUUCUUCUGGGUUCUGAAGUUCAGAGGUCUGUUGUUCUGGUUUUCAUACAGGAAAGAUUUCCUCUGGAGGCACGACUCCUGCUUAAUAGCUGGGGUGGAGUUUAGUGUGUACCAUUAUAUGUUUUUUUUAGUCUGCUACAUCAGCUGGAACCUAAUUUAUGCAUCCAAGGCUAUGAUGAAAGACGACAGAGCUCACAGAUCCUUUCAAGUGCAGAUAAAAGCUGCCUUUUGCUGUUUUCAGUCUGAUCUGCAGGAAGUUAUGACACAGUCAAAUGAACCUUUUUCUUUUUGGUUUUCCCUUUUCCUGGCUUGUUAUGAACGAGAAGAAUGUGACUAAUUAACGUAAUUUAAUUCUAAUAGCAUAACGUGGUUGAUGUGGGGAUAAGACAAGGUCAUGUAACUAAAAUGCUUCCCACUCAGCAAUGCUUGGGGUUUUUUAAAUUCUUUUAGCAAUAGAAUUUACAGUCCUCUGUUAGGCUCAUGCUAUGUUGUAUAUUGGCAAGGAUGGCAGUGAGGGAAGCUGUUCUCCUGUUCGCAAGGGGAAGACACUUCAGUAGCUUUCAGACAACACAGAAAUCGUCACUUUGUCAAUUUUGCACAUGCUUUGCAGACUAAUCCCAGAGCACAAUGUGAAUUUCUUGAUGAUGCCUGCACUGAAUACAUUCUGGGACCACCAGUUGGGUUUGCCUAGUGCAACUUGGGUAGAGAGACUCCAGAUGUUCUUCUAGACUUAUUGCAGGGCAAGUUUCUUGGAGCUAGUCUUGUCUUACCUUGAAAAUAUACCUACCUGUGUUUCAAUUAUGAUACUAAAGAAUAACUGAAGCUAUUUAACUAAUUUAUCCUCACUGUGCUGCUCUGUUGGAAAUAAAGAAUUUAUAAAUCAGGAGGAAACGAUCCUGUGUAAAGUUACCUGUGUUGCUGUCUUGCUUUUUACAUUGUUACUUACAAAGGUGAAGAACCCCAACACCCAGGAGGAAGUCUUCUAUAUAAUAUCACAGUAUCUGUAUGCAUGGUGGGUGUGCCAAAUGCAGCAGGAAAUUAUGGGAGAGUGACAUGUAACAUUAUUGUUUAUAUACUGCUGUUUAUAUAUAAUAUAUAUAAAAUAUUGUGGGUUACACCUGUAGCACAUUUUGUACAUACAGUGACUCCUGCUUACGUUUUUUAAAUGCACCAAAGUAAUGCAGCCACUCGUUGUGGUAAAUGAUGUACUCCAGGUGAAGUUGUUCUUAAAUAAACGUACAUUGUGACAGGG